AUGCAAGCGAUUCUACGUGGUGGGAAUCGAGUUUUGAUCUCCCGCUCGACAAAUGUCUAUACAAAUUUAGCUUUAGAGCGCUAUUUAGCUGAAAAUAUCAAACAUGAGGAUAAAACUCGACUGUUAAUACUUUGGCGAAAUAAACCAUGUGUCGUUAUCGGUCGAUAUCAGAAUCCGUUUGCCGAAAGUGAUGUUUCCUAUCUAGCCGAAAACCAAAUCGAUCUAGCUCGACGUUACUCUGGUGGUGGAACAUGUUAUCAUGAUCUCGGCAACUUGAAUAUGACGAUUCUGACAGCACGCAAUGGUUAUAAUCGAAAGAAGAAUCUUCAAUGGGUUGUGAAUACACUCAAUCAAGCUUAUGAUUUAAAUCUACAUAUCACUGAACGGGAUGAUAUUUUUCUGGAUAAAUAUAAAGUCACGGGGAGUGCUUCACGUCUGGAACGACUUUAUGCCUAUCAUCAUUUUACGUUAUUAAUCAAUGCUGAUUUGAACUAUUUAAGACGAACUUUGAAAUCUCCUGAUCAGUCAAAUAUUCAAAGCAAAGCAACGAUGAGUGUUCGAUCAUCAGUAUUAAAUUUAUCUGAUCGAAAUCCGAAAAUUACGUAUGAAAAAACGCUGGAAUUAUUAAUAAAAUCGUUUCUCCAAUGGAAUAAUGAGUCGAACAUGUCCAAUUAUCAUUACAUCGAUCCAUUAUUAUAUGAAGAACAAAUGAAAAGUUUUGAAAGUGAACUUAAAUCUGAGAAGUUUCUCUUUCAGAGCACACCACCGUUUGUCUAUGCAAUCAAGACUGGCGCACAAACAAUUGAAAUAACAGUUGACAAUGGCCUCAUAACGGAUAUAAAAGGAAAUGAUUCGAUAAGUGAAAAUAAACUAUGUCGAGGACAAUUGUUUCAUUCAGUUCAUAAUCAAAUUCAACAACUGAAGACGACGAAUGAUUUGUCCGUAUAA